AUGCCGUCUACACUAACUUCAGCUUGCAGUAAACCCACUGAAGUCUGUAGCAAACACUUCAAUCCAUAUGUUCGGCCCUCGCCACCUGUCGAGGCGUCCAGCAAUGAGAAUCUGGAACCAAUCACAGCACAUCUAAUGAGGAGGUUUGCCAUGUAUUUCAAUGAGUGCGAUGCUCAUCUGGGACAGGAAAUGCUAGACACACAAUUCAUGUGGAUGGGAUCCGCCAUGUCCAUUGACGAACCCAAAUCACCUGGCGGGACAUUGGGAAGUGCACAAGAUAUUUCUAUCCAAAGUCCUGAUGUAGCAGGUGAUGAGGCAUUUCAGGCGCAGAUCUCGAUGGCCAAUGUUGACAUCAGCGGCAGUCAGGCUGUGGGGCACCUGUCUUUGAAGAAAGAAAAACUUGUUCGUGGCCUACAGAAGGCAAUGAACAAGUAUCUCCAUCGUCAUUGUGAAGAGGGGCAUCCGACCACUGACCUAUUACGCGAGCGCAUCUAUGCAGCACUCAAGGGUGCAUUGUUGGGCAUUGAAGUUGAGCCCCUUCAGUGA